AUGUUAAACAAUCAUGGCACUCUUGUUAUCCUUCUCAUGCCACUGUGUUUAUCCAUACUUGUCCCUAAUACAAUUGCAGAGUGGUUAAAUCAUAGAGACAUAUCUGCAACACCAGCAGUAGCCAAUGGAGCAGUGUACUUCCCCUCUUGGAAUGGAUUUUUGUAUGCAGUGAAUGCCUUCAAUGGUGCUGUUUUAUGGAAACAGAACCUUGGUCAGCUGACCGGUCUGAGUGGAACCGGGACUGUGGUGAAUGUGUCUGCAUCGAGAUCCACCCCUACAGUAGCCGGCAACCUUCUCAUUGUUGGAAUCUAUGGGCCUGCAGUUGUGAUUGCCGUUACUCGUUUGACUGGAAAUCUGGUGUGGCUCACUCACCUAGACCAGCACCCACUAGCUCUAAUUACUUCAUCAGGAACUGUUCAUAAGGGGGCGUACUACAUUGGAGUAUCAUCAUUAGAAGAAAUAGUGCCAGCCGAACUGUGUUGCACAUUCCGGGGCAGCCUGGCAAAGCUAGAUGUUAGAACUGGUGCAAUUUUCUGGAAAACUUUCACUCUUCCUGAUAAUGGUGGCAAACUAGGGGGCUACUCAGGCGCGGCUAUUUGGGGAAGCAGCCCUGCCAUUGACACAGACAGGGGACUUGUUUAUGUUGCAACUGGCAACCUCUACAAUGCUCCACCUGUGGUGCUACAAUGUCAAGAAGAGCAGAACAAUAAUAAAACAAAACCGACUCAUCCUGAUCAGUGCAUUGGGCCAGAUAUCAACUUCAACUCGAUCCUGGCAUUUGAUAUUGAUUCCGGAAAGAUGAUAUGGUCAAGACAACUAGGUGGCUACGACGUUUUCUAUUUCGCGUGCUUAGUCCCUAAUAAUCCCGACUGUCCACCGGGGCCAAAUGAGGAUGCAGAUUUUGGAGAGGCCCCCAUGUUGCUUAGCAUAAUACUUGCAGAUGGACAGGUUCACGAUAUUGUUGUGGCAGUGCAGAAGAGUGGCUUUGUCUGGGCUCUAGACCGUGACAAUGGUGACAUAGUCUGGUUUAAUGUAGCAGGACCAGGAGGCAAGGAGGGAGGAGGGAUAUGGGGAGCAGCCACAGACGGAAAAAGAGUGUACACAAACAUAGCCAACAGUGACAGAGUGACCUUCCCUCUUUCACCAUCUAAGCAAACAACAACAGCCGGUGCAUGGGUAGCUCUGGACGCGAAUUCUGGUAACAUUGUAUGGACCACGGCCAAUCCAAGCAACGAAACUUCCCAAGCACCGGUGACACUAGCCAGAGGUAUCCUUUUUGCUGGUUCAGUAGCUUCUAAUGGUCCUAUCUAUGCAAUGGAUGCCAAUACCGGGGCUAUUUUGUGGUCUUACAAUACCGGUGCUACUAUAUAUGGUGGUGCAUCAGUGAGUUAUGGGUGCAUUUACAUUGGCAGUGGAUAUUCAGUUAGUCUGGCAAAGUUUCACCCAAAUUGGACUCCAGGAACUUCACUCUUUGCCUUCUGCAUUGCAUGAAAGACUCAUCUUCUUGGAAAUUUGCAAGUUGAUAUGGACCUCAUAAGAAAUAAAAUUGAACUUAUUUUAUGUUAGCUUGUGCUAUCUGAUGUGAACAAUAUGGAAUGAAUGUGACUUGGGGGUUCUAAUUUUUUUUUUUUUUUUCUGAUGGCUGAGAAAUUAUUGAUUUUAGUCUAUAAAAAACUUUAUGAUGGCAUUUCCAUUCUUAUGCUUAUGGCAGGAUUAAUAGUGUAUUGAUUUUGGAGUGUGGACUAGAGACUACUUCAA